CGCGCCCCGCCCCGGCGCGGCGGCGGCGGGCGGCGGGGGGCGGCGGGGAGCGGAGGCGAUGCGGGGCGGCGGCGGCGGCCCGGGGGAUGGUCCCCGCCGCGGGCACGCCAGCAUGGAGCAGCAAGUGGGGCCACCAGAGCCGAGACCUGCAGGACCCACCACACACCCACAGCCCAAGGAGGGGAUGCUGUGGGGGCUUUUCGCCAUCCUCUCGCUGCUGGCUGGGCUGGCCGCAGGCACCCUGCGAACACCGCACUGCAACGAGACGCUGGACACGGCUGCCACGCCACAGGGCAUGGCCACCGCCAGCCCGGCUGUGGAGGCUGGCGUGGAGGUACCGCUCGCCUCUGCCUGGAGCCAGCUGUAUGGGGACAACGCGACGACGGGUGGCCCGGGCGACGCAGAGCUGACGGAGGACCUGCUGCUGCGUGCCGAGCGCUCACCGCCAGGCGCCAGCAAAGCCAAGAAGGGGACACGGAAAGCCUCGCGGGGGACCCGCGGCCGCAACUGCCACAUCCGCAACCUGAUGGUGAAGGUGCGCGACCUGGGCCUGGGCUUCAACUCGGACGAGAUCGUGCUCUUCAAGUACUGCAGUGGGUCCUGCCACCGCGCACGCAGCAACUAUGACCUGACGCUGAGCAGCCUGCUGCGGCAGCAGCUCAUCACCCCAGGGCCGCAGGAGCGGGUCCUCAGCCACCCCUGCUGCCGGCCCACCCGCUACGAGGCUGUCUCCUUCAUGGACGUGCAAAACACGUGGCAGACAGUGGAGAAGCUCUCGGCAGCUGAGUGCAGCUGCAUUGGCUGAGGAGGGGGCUGCCAGCUCGGCCCUGGCUCGACACAUGCCGGCAGCCCCUGGCUCGUGGUGCACAGCAGCGCCGAUACUCAGAGGAAGGUUCUGGCGGAGGCAGGUGGCCCCGGUUUUAUGUGGCCACUGGGGACUGAGGCAAGAUGGAGCCGUGACGGAAGACAGGUGGACAAGCCCCCCCUCCUGCUCAGUGCCAAGCAGUAGCUGGUGCCACCAGCUACGCAGGGUCCUGCCCCAGCGCAUCCUGCCCCAGUGCAUCCUGGCUCAGCCCCAGGAGAGGAGCUGGAGGGGGUAUGGAGCAUCCCCGCUGUGGGCAGGGGCCUGCCAGCCCGCUGCCCACCAGCAGCACCCAGCUUGCCUGCGCCCUGCCUGGACUGGUGCUCCCACACCCCUGCUUUAGGGGAGCUGGGGCCAAGCGUCGCCCAAGAUUCAGAGGGGGACAGAAAAGGAGCAAAAUCUCCCUGUCCCAUUGGGCACCCUGGGGCUGGCAGUGGCCGGAGCUGCCCUGCAGGGACUGGGGUGCAGCUGGGCCAAACCGUGCCAGCACGGGGUGGGGGGCCAGCACCUGGGCUGGCCGCAGCCCCCAGCACUCCGCAGGGCAGCGGGGCACGGGCACCUGCCAGGACCCCUGCCUGGCUCCCGGGCAGUGGCAGGGUCCCCCGCUGCCCCCACCGUGCUGCAGCAUUAAACUAUUUAUUACUCUAAAUUAUUUAUUUAUUGUUCUCGAGCGGCAGCUCCUAUUUAUGACUUCGGGCCCCCGGGGGCCGAGUGUAAUUUAACCCCAGUGCUGCUGCGAAGCCCUGGGCAGCACCGCAGCCCCUGGUGCCCCGGGCCCCCGGCCCCCUUUUUUCUAUUAUUUGUAAAAUCUGAGGGAUAAACUCUAUUUUUGUACAGUCGCCUUUUACCAGUAGCAAUAAAGCGAUGGGCUGCGA